GGCCGAUCGUCCCCGCCGCGCCAGUCAGUAAUGUCAGUGUAGUUUCAUUCAUCUUUCCGUUCACACGCAAACUGUUUUACGGUAGUAAAUCGCCGUCGUCGUCUCAGCUCAAAAGUAAAGUGUCCAUCAUUCUUUGCAGUCGUGAAAAAAUUUCGUUCCCCAUUUUCGUUGUCUCGCUCGUUUUGUGGUGGCGCUCGGGGUAGAUUUUCGCGACGGUAGUGGCGUCCAGCAUGACCGUUGUGAUAGUGCGUGUUUUCGAUUCGUGUCCUGGCGGUGGGAAAAGUGACAUAUUUGGAUAACAGGCCCGAAAACGCAGGAGGAACCAGAAAAUGUUAAUUGAUCCGAGCGAAGUGGAUCUAUAGCUCUGAAGGGUACAGGGGAAUCGGGCGGGCCAGUGGUGUGCAAAGUGGGAGAAAGCAACGAACGGCGAGACCUGCUGCACACGCACACAGAGCCACAAAUCAAAGUGGAAUCCGCUCCGCGCACCGCCAGCGACGACAGUGCCAGUGGCCACAGAAUAGUCAGUGAGCUAGCAAAGGCAGAUUUUGUUUCAUUAUUUCGGGCUUCAUUGUGAUCGUGCUGUUGUGGCUGUGGUCGGCGACGACGACGACGACGUCUUGCUGGUCGAACAUUCUUUCCGCAUGAACUAGCUGAUUCAUUCACUCAAUGGAAAAGUAGAUAAUACACCAGAUAUCACCCAAUAGCAGUCAUCCACCGUAAAGUUAGUAACCUUCAGAGAUCCCACCCUACAAAAAAACACAACAACUCACUGUCGUUGUUGGUCGUCCGUCGUGCUCACCAUGCUGUAAGGAGAAGAUCAGAUCAGUGGUGUUACAGACAGACGACAAGCAACAAUAUAAGAAGUGCUGCAGCAGUGUUCCCAAACUACUACCAUCGCGGAGGCUGGUCGGUCGGGUAUAGGUAGUUGUGGUGGUAAGCUCCAGCAGAAGCAGCGUGCUUGCUGGCUGGCAGUACAAGCAAACCAUCCGCCCGCAAGGGUGUGCAGUUUUCAGUUCCCGUGAACGAAACGAAGAACGGAGCUGACUUGUGCCUCACAGUUGCACACGUUCGAUUCAGCGCCUUGUGUUGUUUUCACUACUGAAAUUUGUUCGCGCGAGUGUCUGUGUUCAAGUCAUCAAUCGAAAGAAGUGUUAAGGAAAUAAAGUGUAACUUAAAGGUAUUAAACUUACUAAAAGUUUGUAAACCUUAAGGUGAAAGUUCAGAUUCAAGAAGCUAUCAAUAAUUUAAUCCAUCAAUUCGUAGUUAGCAAAACAGUUAUCCUUCUUCGAAAAUUGCUUCGUGUUACUCUACUCAACAUAGUGAAAUUGAAGAUAGUUUAUCAUACUUGUGUUGAUGAAAAUUGCCACUCAAUAUCCAUGGGGAAGAAUUGAAGCCAAGGCAAACCGUUCAUUCUCGUAUUUGCAUGCGAUGGUGUUGUUAUUGUGAUAUCUCAUGAUAGUACGACAGUAUGCUGAGUGAGCAGCAGUCAGUGCGCGGACGUUGGUUUUUGGUGUAAGUGAAUCAGAAGAAAUCCAGCGAAGCAGCGUAAUCCAACAGAAGAUCGUGACGGGGAAAGAGAAGCAAAGAAUAAAAAAUACAUAUUGAACGUCGGCGCUCCGCGCACAUAUUAGUUGUGAUAGCGGUAAAUAAAUGUGAAGUGUGGUUGGGAACAGAGAGCAGAUUUAGGAAGCUGCGUUGCUGGAACUACAGCAAGAAAAGAUGAAUAAAUUAGAAUAUUCACGACGGAAUGGCACUCAGAAGAUCCGAAUCACAA